AUGUCUACCGACGUGGAGAAACCUCUCCCGCAACUGUGUCAGGAUGCUUCUCACCCGCCAAUAUCCCAUGUCCCCUUUGUGGGAGUCCCGAAGCGGAAGCCCGUCCCUAUCGCAAAGGCUUCUCCUAAGCCAGCAGCUAUUGCGACCAAAGAAUCUAGCGUACAUCCUCCCACUAAAGCAGCUUGGUGGAACUGGCGACAAUUCUCGAAAAAGAAGCGCAUGAUUGUCACCGCAGUUGCAGUCGCGGUCCUCUGUCUCCUUGCUCUAAUCCUCGGCCUUGCUGUGGGAUUGACCAGGGGCAAAAGCCACUCGAAUCUUCCUCUUCCCACCUCCCAUGGUGGUCCCUAUUCAGGAGAUUUGACCUACUACAAUCCCGGCCUCGGCUCAUGCGGCCUCACCAGCACAGACUCGGACAUGAUCUGUGCCGUCUCGCAUGUCCUCUUUGAUGCUGCUUCGACGGGGUCGAAUCCGAAUGCGAAUCCCCUGUGCGGGCUCAAAUUGAGGCUUCGUCGAGGUGGAACGACCGUAGACGUCAAGGUUGUUGAUCGAUGUGUAGGAUGUAAAGUGGAUGACUUGGACGUUUCGCCCGCGGUUUUUCAGAAGGUUGCUGAUCUGGAUCUUGGUCGGGUCACCGUUGAAUGGUCAUGGCUGGAAAACUCACCUGUGGCUUCAUCACAGUCAUGA